AAACUAAACCCUAGGAAGUUCAUAUUACGUAUCUUCUUAUAUUCAAGGGUUUCUCUUUCACCCGUUUCUCCCCUUCAAUUUUCUCCCACAUCCGGCGAACCAGUUGCCUGCUACUGUGCGAACUUGGUCACUGGAAGCUAUGGCUUCAGAGAAGAAGCUCUCCAACCCUAUGAGGGAGAUCAAGGUACAGAAGCUCGUGCUCAACAUCUCCGUCGGAGAAAGCGGAGAUCGCCUCACCAGGGCCUCUAAGGUGUUGGAGCAGCUCAGUGGACAAACCCCUGUGUUUUCCAAGGCUAGGUACACAGUGCGAUCGUUUGGGAUCAGACGUAACGAAAAGAUUGCUUGCUACGUUACCGUCAGGGGUGACAAGGCAAUGCAACUUCUGGAGAGUGGAUUGAAGGUGAAAGAGUACGAGCUCUUGAGGAGGAACUUUAGUGAUACCGGCUGCUUUGGCUUUGGUAUUCAAGAACACAUCGAUCUCGGAAUCAAAUGGUCUAGGCUGCUUCCAGAGCUGUGAAUUAGAAUCCAUAGAUAAAUUGUUGCAUGGUAAUAUUCCCCCCACCCAAACAUUUACCACAAACACAUGAGACUAUGUAUAUUCAAUUCAUUGUAUAUUUUUUUUGGGGGGUUGGUACUGAGAAGCUUAUCUCUGUCUAUGAGUGGGUGAAUCAUGGAAAUAUAUUUUCAACUUCGUGCUGUUAUGCACUUGAUCUGUGCAGUCAAACAUAUAUUAUUUCUUGUGGGUUUAUAAUUUAAAUGGUCAUGUGGGGGUUUAUGAUCUAAAGAAUGAAGCAUUGUAUAUUUGUAUCAUUGCCUGCAUAUGAAGUUCUCUAGGAAGCACAAAGAAAGUUGGGGGUGUCAAGACCAGGCUUGGAUUGGCAGACCCAACUAAACUGAACAGAUUAAGCCUGAAACCGAUCCAACUGUCUAAUAAGCAGUUUGGUUUCUACUUUUUUUUUUUGUUGGAAUUAAUAGAUCAGUCUCUGCCCAAACAAUCAACCUUCUAGACCGACCGAUUAAGUGACCGAUAACUGACAGCGAGCUGAACAAAGACCGAUUAGUGGUGUCAACUUGGAUGACCCAAACCAUGUUUGAAACCAGUUGGUCAAUUAGUCCAUUAAUAACCAAGUUUGAAGCUCUCCACCAUCUCUGCCUCUCAUUUAAAGAUUCUCCUUACCUUCUUAAAUCUCCAGUGUGGGUUUUGAAAUGAAUGCACUUUUUUAGUCCUUUCUCCUCACUUGGUGCAAAAGGUUACCUCCCACCCCCACCCCCCCC